UUUUACUUUCCCUUUCGCAGCAGAGCCGAAGCAAGACUUCAUGCAGGUCAGUCACCUUAGACAACAUGACAUCAACAACUUCUCAUCCUCAGGAAAGCUGUUCUCAGAAGAGCACAGUAUGGCGACUGCAAAAUCAGAACAUCCACAUCCUCUAAAGCGCCGGAGCAGCCUUCAGUGGCUGCCACCUAACAUGUCUGAGCUGAGGGUUGUUCUGCUGGGGAACAGCUGGCGUGAGAAGAGUUCAGUGGGGAACUUCAUACUGGGAGCGACUGAGUUAAACACUGAGGAAGAACCAGACCGCUGUCAGAGAGUCAGUGGAGAGCUGGAGGGGAAAAGAGUAGUUGUGAUCAACACCCCAGAUCUGCUGCACGCCAACAUCUCUGAACACAAACUGACAGAACAUCUGGAAGACUGUGUGAGGCUCUCUGAUCCUGGACCUCAUGUGUUCCUGCUGGUUCUACAGCCUGAAGACUUCACUGAGGAACACAAACGGAGACUCUGCAGAGUCCUGGAACUCUUCAGUGAUCAGUCCUUUGAUCAUUCACUGAUGCUGAUAUCACCAUGCAGAGAGGACGGUUCAGGUUUAAUGGAACAACACAUGGAACAACCCCCAUUACAAGACAUGAUCAGAAAAUGUAGAUACAGAUACUUGAAGUGGAAGAACCUUCAACUUCCAGAGCUGUUAACACGUUUGGGUCAAACUGCAAAAGAGAACUAUGGAGAGCCUGUGAGCUGUGAAGUGUUUGAGGACGCCACAUCUGCUUUACCUGGUGAUCAUCAAAGUCAAAAACCAAAGGAAAUACGGCAUACCUUCACCGAAGCUGUUAUAGCUGCUGGGCUGCGUGCGGUCACUUCACCAUUCCAACGGUCAAACCCUGUGACUGACACAUCUGCAUUCAGAAUUGUGCUAUUGGGAAAAAGUGGAGAGAAAAAGCGAAGAAUCUGUAACUUUAUAACCGAGGGCAAAGGUGGGACAACCCAUGGAGAGUGGAAAGGAAAACAAUUUACAGUUCUGAAAACUGCAGACAUGUUCAGUCUUCGUGAAGAGAGCAUGAGAAGAGAGGUGAAGAGCUGUGUGAGUCUUUGUCCUCCUGGACCCAAUGUCCUUCUGCUGUUAGUGAAUCCUUCUGAUUUCACUGAAGAGAACAGACAAACAUUGAAGUUCAUCCUGAGUCUGUUUGGUCCAGAAGCUUUUAAACACUCAAUGGUCAUCAUGACACACAAAGAGAAUCAAAGAGAAGAGAAGUCCCACAUCGUGAAUCAGCUGCUUGAAGACUGUGGAGGAAGACUCUACAACAUGUUUGAACACGGCCGUGAUUCAUUGAUGGAGAAGAUUGAGAAGAUAGUUCAUGGAAACAAAGGAACGUUCCUCACCUUCACUGAAGACAUCAAACCAGCUUUGAAUCUGGUUCUGUAUGGGAGGAGAGGAGCAGGGAAGACUUCAGCAGCCAAGGUCAUUUUAGGUCAGACAGAGUUUCCUUCAGUCUCCAACUCCUCAGAGUGUGUUAAACAUCAGGGAGAGGUGUGUGGACGCCGGGUUGCCCUGGUGGAGCUGCCUGCUUUGUGUGGAAAACCUCAGCAGGAAGUGAUGGAGGAAUCAUUCAGGUGUGUCUCCCUCUGUGAUCCUGAGGGCGUCCAUGCCUUCAUCAUGGUCCUACCUGUGGGUCCCCUCACUGAUCAAGACAAGGGAGAGUUAGAGAUCAUCCAGAACACAUUCAGCUCUCGAGUCAACGACUUCACCUUGAUUCUGUUCACUGUGGAGUCAGAUCCUACAGCUCCAGCUGUUGUUAACUUUCUAAAGGAGAACACGGACAUCCAGGAGCUCCGUCAGAGAUGUGGAGGAAGAUAUGUUGUUCUCAACAUCAAGGAACAGCAACAGAUCCCAGAGCUGUUGGAUGCUGUGGAAGAGACCACAGUCGGAGGAUCCAGGUGCUUCACAAAGGACAUGUUCACCAAGGCUCAGAUGGAGAAGGUUGUAGAGGUGGAUAACACUAACCGAAGACUUAAAGCUGAACUGCAGGAUGUUAAAAAGAAAAGUCAGGAGGGAGAUGUUGAAGAAAGUCAGACCAGAGAGUGUCUCAGGAUGGUGCUGAUUGGGAGGACUGGCAAUGGAAAAAGUGCAACUGGAAACAAUGUAUUGGGAAAAGAACAUUUUACAUCGAUUUCAAGCUCAGAGUCAGUGACCAAGUUUUGCAAAAAGGAAACAGGAGAGAUUGAUGGACGACCUGUCGCUGUGGUGGACACCCCCGGUCUGUUUGACACGACACUGUCCAAUGAUGAUGUUCAACAGGAGCUUGUGAAAUGCAUCAGCAUGAUGUCUCCUGGACCUCAUGUGUUCUUGCUGGUGCUGACGAUCGGCCGAAUUACACAAGAGGAAAAAGACACAGUGGAACUGAUCAAGAAAUGUUUUGGCAAGAAAUCUGGAGAUUUCAUCAUCAUCAUAUUCACCAGAGGAGACGAUCUGGAGGACGAAACGAUUGAGAGUUUCAUAGAACGGUCCGGUGACUUUUUGAAAAAACUGAUAAAUGACUGUGGAGGGAGAUACCAGGUCUUCAAUAACAAAGAUCAGACAAACCGCAUGCAAGUCAGAGAGCUGAUGGAGAAGACCAACAAAAUGCUGAAGGACAAUGGCGGCAGCUGCUUCACCUCAGAGAUGUUCCAAGAGGCCGAGGCGGCCAUACAGAAGGAAGUGGAGAAGAUCCUGAAGGAGAAGGAAGAAGAAAUGCAGAGAGAGAGGGAGGAGCUGCAAAGAAAACACGAGGAGGAAAUGGAAGAAGUGAAGAGAAGAAUGAAACAGGAGAGAGAUGACAUUGAGCAGAAGAGAGCCAAACAACUUCAAGAGAUGGACGAAAAAAUGCACAAGGAACGAGAGGAGAGAAGGAGGGAAGAGGAACUGAGAAAGAAAGAGGACAUGGAGAAGAAAAGGCAGGAUGACAUUACAAAAAAGGAAUGGGAGGAAAAACUUGAAGGAGAGUUGGAGGACAAAAAAGAAGAGAUGAGAAAUCAAAAAGAAGACUGGGAGAAGGAGAGAGAAGAAUGGUGGAAUAAACAACGUCAAGAAAAUAAAAAGAGACGACAAGAGGAGCAAACAAGAAUUCAGAAGCUGCAAGAAGAAUACGAUCAGGAAAGAGAGAAACAUGAACAGAAAAGAAAAGAAGAAGAUCUAAAGAGAAGUGAACAGAAGGAGAAGGAGAGACAGGAAUUACAGGGAAAAUAUGAGAAAGAAAAGGAGGAGAUGAAGAAGAAAUAUGAAGAGGAGGCCAGAAAACAAGCGGAAGAAUUCAACGAGUUCAAACUGGAAUACUCCAAGGACUUUGCCGCCUUGGCGGAGAAGCACAUGAAGCAAAUAGAGGACCUGAAGAAAGAUCAUGAAGGACAAAUGCAACAGUCCAAACUGCUACAAGAUCUUUCCAAACACAAAGAAACACAGACAAAAGAGAGUCUUGCAAAAAAUAUUACAGAAAUGAAGAAAAAACAUGAUAAAGAAAUAGAAGAACUAAAAAAAAAAUGGUGUCGCAUCCUCUGAUCUGAUGAAAAACUUGAAGGAGAGUUAGAGCAGAGUAAAGAAGAGAUGAGAAAGCAGAAAGAAGACUGGGAGAAGGAGAGAGAAGAAUGGUGGAACAAACAACGUCAAGAAAAUAAAAAGAGACGACAAGAGGAGCAAACAAGAAUUCAGAAGCUGCAA